CUCUCUGCUGCCAUCUGCUGGUGGAAGUGAAGAGCAGCUAUGACGUAAAGCAGCGACUUGCGCAUGAGCAGUGAGCGUGCCGCCAUGGCGCCCCUGGAUCUGGAUAAAUACGCAGAAAUCGCCAAAGUGUGUAAAUAUCUUCCGGAGAAUGACCUGAAGAGAUUAUGCGAUUACGUCUGCGAUCUCCUGCUGGAGGAGUCCAACGUCCAGCCGGUGUCCACUCCCGUGACGGUGUGCGGGGACAUCCACGGACAGUUCUACGACCUCUGUGAGCUGUUCCGGACCGGCGGCCAGGUUCCCGACACCAACUACAUCUUCAUGGGCGACUUCGUGGACCGAGGGUACUACAGCCUGGAGACGUUCACGUACCUGCUGGUGCUGAAGGCCAAGUGGCCCGACCGCAUCACGCUGCUGCGGGGGAACCACGAGAGCCGGCAGAUCACCCAAGUUUACGGUUUCUACGACGAGUGUCAGACCAAAUAUGGGAACGCCAACGCGUGGCGCUACUGCACCAAAGUCUUCGACAUGUUGACCGUCGCAGCGCUGAUGGACGAGCAGGUCCUGUGCGUGCACGGCGGCCUGUCCCCCGACAUCAAGACCCUGGAUCAGAUCCGAACCAUCGAGCGGAACCAGGAGAUCCCCCACAAAGGAGCCUUCUGCGACCUGGUGUGGUCGGACCCCGAGGACGUGGACACCUGGGCCAUCAGCCCCCGCGGGGCCGGCUGGCUCUUCGGGGCCAAAGUCACCAACGAGUUCGUUCACAUCAACAACCUGAAGCUGAUCUGCCGCGCCCACCAGCUGGUCCACGAAGGUUACAAGUUCAUGUUCGACGAGAAGCUGGUGACCGUCUGGUCGGCGCCCAACUACUGCUACCGCUGCGGCAACAUCGCCUCCAUCAUGGUCUUCAAAGACGCCAACACCAGAGAACCCAAGCUCUUCCGAGCCGUGCCGGACUCCGAGAGGGUCAUCCCGCCCCGGACCACCACGCCCUACUUCCUGUGAGCGCUCGGCGCGGAUCCACGCGCUUCUGCAGCCUCCAGCGCAGUCGCAGCCGCAGCGUCUGCUCAGAGGACAGACUCCGCCCACAUGCUCCUAUUUAUUCCUGUUUGUUCUGCGUUACACAAAGGUUCUGACGCGGAGCAGAGCACGCUCCUCAGAAUCAGCUGACGGCGGUCCGUUUCAGACUCGUGCUGCGUUCACUGACCCUCCGGCGGUCUGGAACCACUUCAUGUGUUGUUGUUGUUUUUAAAUAAACAUCUGAAGGUCAGAGGUUCAUGUUUGA